UCACGUGACGGCGGCUGGAAUGGCGGAGGAGGAGCGGGCGCUGUUGGGCUCCGCCGGCAGCGACGAUGGCGGCCGUUCUCCGGGGCCGCUCCGUGCCCUGCCCGCCGCCUGCGACCCGCGGCGGUUGCCGCACCGGCUCAUUGUCCUCACGCUCAUGUGCUUCCUGGGCUUCGGCAGCUACUUCUGCUACGACAACCCGGCGGCUCUCCAAACGCAGGUUCAACGGGAUAUGAAGGUGAACACAGCUCAGUUCAUGGCACUCUACGCCUGGUAUUCCUGGCCUAAUGUGGUUCUCUGCUUCUUCGGAGGUUUUCUGAUAGACAGAGUUUUUGGAAUACGGUUGGGCACUAUAAUAUUUAGUAUCUUUGUUUGUGCUGGACAGGUAGUUUUUGCUUUGGGAGCACUACUUAAUACUUUCUGGCUGAUGGAUGCAGGCAGAUUCAUAUUCGGAAUAGGUGGAGAGUCCUUAGCAGUGGCACAAAACACGUAUGCAGUCAGCUGGUUUAAAGGCAAGGAGUUAAAUCUUGUGUUUGGAUUACAGCUAAGCAUGGCCAGAAUUGGAAGCACAGUGAACAUGAAUAUCAUGGGAUGGAUAUACUCGAGAGUUCGAGAUCUUCUGGGGUGUACCGGUCCCAGUACUCUUGGGUUAACUCUUAUGAUAGGCGGUGUAACAUGUCUCUUUUCACUGAUCUGUGCAUUAAUCCUUGCUUAUCUGGACAAGAGAGCAGAGAAGCUACUUUCUAAAGAGCAAGGGAAAACAGGUGAAGUGAUUAAGCUAACUGAUGUGAAGGACUUCUCUUUGUCCUUGUGGCUUAUAUUUGUAAUCUGUGUCUGUUACUAUGCAGCGGUUUUUCCUUUCAUUGGACUUGGAAAGGUUUUCUUUAUUGAGAAAUUCAAAUUCUCACCUCAAGAAGCAAGUGCAAUUAACAGUAUUGUGUAUAUUAUAUCGGCACCCAUGUCGCCAGUCUUUGGACUCCUGGUGGAUAAACUUGGAAAGAAUAUCAUCUGGGUUUUAUGUGCUGUAAUAACUACACUUGCUUCUCAUAUUAUGUUGGCUUUCACCUUCUGGAACCCCUGGAUAGCAAUGUGUUUGCUAGGAGUGGCAUACUCGCUGCUUGCCUGUGCCCUGUGGCCCAUGGUGGCCUUUGUUGUUCCAGAACACCAGUUGGGAACUGCUUAUGGCUUCAUGCAGUCUAUCCAGAAUCUCGGUCUGGCAAUUAUUGCUAUAGCAGCAGGGAUGAUUCUGGACACAAGAGGAUACUUGUUUCUUGAAGUCUUCUUCAGUGCUUGUGUUUGCCUGUCGCUAAUAGCUGUAGUCAUGCUGUAUUUUGUGAAUCACCUUACAGGUGGUGAUCUCAACUGGUCUGCGAAGAAAAGGGAAAAACUGCAAAAAGCAGCUGCAACUGAAGCAGAAGAACAAGAGAGACUCAGACGUCAAAAUGAAGAUGACUUGGCUAAAUUACGGCCAAAAGCUGAUGACUUUAGUUUAAGGAAUAAAUACCUCUCCAAACUAGGCGCUCAGCUACCAGAUAAUUACUGUUCCUAUUUAUCAACAAUGGCACACAGAAGCGUGUUGAAAUAGCAUCUUGCCCCACUUGCAAAAGCAGAAAUACGUGGAAUUUCCUGGUACACAAAACUUUGUUUCCAGUACUGACAACUACCACAGCAAAAGCAGAGUGAUGCACCGUGCUUUUCUGCAAACAUAGAUCCUAUUUUUAGAACACUUGGCUUAAGCUCCUCCUCCUAUCGCAUAUGAUGUUCAUGAAGAACCAUCUGGCUGUUUAUUUGAACCCAUGAGCUAUGUACUACAUGCUCCUGUCUAAGAUGCUCAGUGAGUAGCUUGAGACAAUAGCUAAGACUUGAGCUUACUACACAACGAUGUCUGAAAUGUGAAAGCUUUGUUUCAGUAAUCAAUUGUUGUGAAAUGAGCUUUGGUGUAGAUCUGGGUUAUUUAGCUUCAAGUUGGACAACUUUGAUUCCAUAUUUGAGAAUGGUCUGUUUCAUUUUUCUUACAGAAAAAUGUGAGGAUACCAUACAAGUAUUUCAGAGGAAACUAUGCAAUUCCAGUAUUACAGGUCAAAAAAUGUUAGUUCUUAAAUAUAAUGCUAGGUCAUGGGUUUAGCAAUAAUCUCAUGUGAGUCCUGAUUAAUGUGAAAAAUAAUGUAUUUUUAAGAGGUGGUAACUAAAAACUAUGAAGAGAGUUAAAUGCAAACUGAAGUUGGGCUUUCAGUGGGAGAAGUGUUGUUCAAGUUCAUAAUGGAACUUAAUGCUGUCCCAUAAUUUCAGUGGAAACCCUGUUGCUGAACAGCUAAUUCCUAGUAACUCCUGCAGAGUGCAUUCUUUGAUUUGUUACUUAUAAAGGCUCACUGAUGUAAUUGGACAAACUAUUCCUUAACUCAGCUAAUCUUAUUUUAAAACGUAAGAUCAUCUGGCUGGCUGGAACACCAGGUAACCCAAAAAAAGAGCUGCUUGUAGAGGUAGAGUGUGAGGUGCGCAGGCGAGUGAGCUUUCCUUGGCUGACUUCAGAGAGUCCUUGUGUGCUACAAAAUGCUUAAGAGCCUUGAAUAGAUUGCUUGACUGCAGAGAAAGUACUUUGUUAUAAAAAAAUGUUGUAAUUUUUUUUUUUCCUACGGUAAUUUAAGCAGACCUUCUGGAACUCAUGGUCUUAAGGGUUUUUUUUAAAGAUACUUUUCAGUGGAGAUUUCUUUCAUGUUCCUGCAAAACUAAGAUCAUCUUCCUGAAAGAAUAAGCCAGGACUAUUUUUGUUAACAGUUCUGUAUUCUGAAGAACAAUCUAUGAAAAUAAAGUAGCAGGUUGUGAAUUAUGCUGAACUUACUUCUGAAGGGGAGUAGUACACUGACCUGUGAUAAUUCUUAUUGGUGCUUUCUGUGCUCCCUGCGAGAACUAAACACUAUCAGCUCUGAGACUGGUUGAUACAAGUUGGUUUGUGUUUCCUUGUAGACUUGUGAAUGCUGGAUCUUUUUAAAUAAAAGCCUUAAAUGGAUACUGGCACCAGUAUUUUUCUUACCAGACUGGUUAGUGAUGCGUUGUUGCCCUUGGUGAUUGUUGAGACUUAUAUAUGCAUUUUAAUUUUUUUUAAACAAGGAUGGUUUCUGCUUUACCCUGAGAAAUAUGUAGAGUUGCUGGGGAAGCAUAUAUUUGAGGAUCCAAAGGCAAAGUUUCCCUCAGUUCCCCCUGCUGAUGGGUUGAUGCAUUUUUCUUUCUUGGGGACGAAGGGAAUUAGAUUAUUGUUCUUCUGUUGCUCUUCACCUCCUUUAGCUUCCUCCUUUAGCUUCAUCUCCUGCUUCCCCCUAAUUCUGACAUGUCAUGGUUGUAGAUAACUCCUCUGCUGUUAUCUGUAGGUCAGCAUUUUGUGUGUGGCAUGACAGACAGCAACUGUGAAGAAAAUGUCUUUUUCAAACUUUAUUUUCAGUUCCUAAAUUCUCUGUAUCCUUGAGCAUCUUGCUAAAGUAUUGUGGUGGACUUCUGAAAAUGGUGUAACUUCCUGCAUCAGCUCAACUCCAAAUGCCUUUGCCUUUGCUUUCUGAGGGGUUUCAGCCCAUUGAUUUCCUUUUACCUUGCUUUUUCAGUUGUGGAUAUGGAGCAUGGGAGCCAUCUGGCUUUUGUUCCCUAGUGAAGCCUUCCUCUUUCUAUUGACAGCCCUUUUGCUUCCAGCCCUGCAUUAGAAGUCAUGACACUCUGUUUGUCCUUCAGCCUUCCAAUGCGUACUUUGUAGUUUCAGGUUGAUCACCGAAAGGAAAAUGGGUUUUUGAAUUCUGAAAUGCAAUUUCUUUUUUGAUAGAGAAAAUCAGGUUGUGGGAGGGAUAAGGCCAGCAGCUCCAACAAGUGAGUGGGCUGCUUGCCUUGGCUAGGGCAAGGACUGUCUGAGCACGUGUUGUUGCAGUGUUACUUGACAAUGUCUGUGCAAGUCCUGCUGCAAUGAAUUUGGAAUGGCUUGAGCUGCAAGCUGUUUGUCUUUGUAAGACUGCUGGGGUUUUUUUGCCCCUGCAAAGCUUCCCUUAGUGGCUUCUACCCCCACCAGCCUGAGAAGCUGUUGGUAGAGUACAGAGUAUGGCUUUCCUGACUUUUAUUUGUUUUGAAUACAGAGUUUAUGGGUUUGGCUCUUCUUCUGGUCUGUAAUGGUCUGACUAAAAUCUGCUGGUGGAUAUGCACACGUCUGGAGAUAUUUAUAGAAAAGUUAAUAAAUAUGGUAAUAAA